CCCACAACAUCGGAAGUGUCCAAGUUUCUAUUCCAUUAUAUUGUUCUCCAUUUGUUUUUCCUAUUUUUCCGCAGCGGUCAGACGGUUGACGUUCCCAUUUGGUAUUUCAAUUUAGCCCAAGUCCCCGAAAAAUGGAGCUGGCCUAGCGAGAAGUCCAACAGGAUUAGGCCAAACUCAUUGCGAAACGAAGCGCUAGCAAAUAAAUUUAUAAGCCCUGAUUGCGUGCGACAAUUGCACAGUAUUUACGUCAGCAAGGGUUAAGCGCAGAGAUUGCAGCAUGGACUUCAAGGAAUACCGCCAAAGGGGCAAAGAGAUGGUCGACUAUAUAGCGGACUAUCUGGAGAAUAUACGGGAACGUCGUGUCUUUCCGGAUGUGAGUCCCGGCUAUAUGCGUCAACUACUGCCGGAAUCGGCUCCCAUCGAGGGAGAGCCCUGGCCGAAGAUAUUCUCGGAUGUGGAGAGGAUCGUGAUGCCCGGCAUAACCCACUGGCAAUCGCCGCACAUGCACGCCUACUUUCCGGCCCUCAACUCGAUGCCCUCCUUACUGGGUGAUAUGUUGGCGGAUGCUAUCAACUGCCUGGGAUUCACCUGGGCCAGCUCGCCGGCCUGCACUGAGUUGGAGAUCAUAGUGAUGAACUGGCUGGGAAAGAUGAUCGGUCUGCCGGACGCCUUUCUCCACCUGAGUUCCCAGAGCCAGGGCGGCGGAGUGCUGCAGACCACGGCCAGUGAGGCUACGCUAGUUUGCCUGCUGGCAGGACGCACUCGGGCCAUCCAGCGAUUCCAUGAGCGACACCCUGGCUACCAGGAUGCGGAGAUCAACGCCCGGCUGGUGGCCUACUGCUCCGAUCAGGCGCACUCCAGUGUGGAGAAGGCGGCACUAAUUGGACUCGUGAGGAUGCGGUACAUCGAGGCGGAUGAGGACCUGGCGAUGCGCGGCAAACUGUUGCGCGAGGCCAUCGAGGAUGACAUUAAGCAGGGCCUGGUCCCCUUCUGGGUCUGCGCCACACUCGGCACCACCGGCAGCUGCAGCUUCGACAACCUGGAGGAGAUCGGCUUGGUGUGCGCGGAGCACCACCUGUGGCUCCACGUGGACGCGGCGUACGCCGGCAGCGCCUUCAUCUGCCCGGAGUUCCGCACCUGGCUGCGCGGCAUCGAGCGGGCGGACUCGAUCGCCUUCAACCCGUCCAAGUGGCUGAUGGUGCACUUCGAUGCCACCGCGCUGUGGGUGCGCGACAGCACCGCCGUGCACAGGACCUUCAAUGUGGAGCCCCUGUAUCUGCAGCACGAGAACUCGGGCGUGGCGGUGGACUUCAUGCACUGGCAGAUCCCGCUGAGUCGUCGCUUCCGGGCCCUCAAGGUGUGGUUCGUCCUGCGAUCCUACGGGAUCAAGGGACUGCAGCGCCACAUCCGCGAGGGCGUGCGUCUGGCCCAGAAGUUCGAGGCCCUCGUCCUGGCCGAUCACCGGUUCGAGCUGCCCGCCAAGCGGCAUCUGGGAUUGGUGGUCUUCCGGAUCCGGGGCGACAACGAGAUCACCGAGAAGCUGCUGAAGAGGUUGAACCACCGCGGCAACCUGCACUGCAUCCCCUCGUCGCUGAAGGGACAGUAUGUCAUCCGGUUCACCAUCACCUCGACGCACACGACCCUCGAUGAUAUCGUCAAGGAUUGGAUGGAGAUCCGGCAGGUUGCCUCCAUUGUGCUGGAGGAGAUGAACAUCACUAUCUCCAACCGCGUCUAUCUCAAGGAAACCAAGGAAAAAAAUGAAGCCUUCGGCUCGAGUCUUCUGCUCUCGAAUUCUCCACUUUCACCAAAGGUGGUUAAUGGGUCGUUUGCAGCCAUCUUCGAUGCGGAUGAGUUUCUGGCCAAGACCUAUGCGGGUGUUCGGAUAGCGCACCAGGAAUCCCCAUCGAUGCGACGUCGAGUGCGCGGCAUCCUCAUGUCGGGCAAGCAGUUCUCGCUGGACUCGCACAUGGACGUGGUGGUGCAGACGACCCUGGACGCAGGCAGUGGUGCAACUCGGACCGGCUCCACCAACUCCUAUGGCCGCACCACAUCCGCGGCGGUCCAGGGAAACACCGAAAAGCAGGCGAGCAUCCAGGAGGACAACGAGGAGUCGCCGGAAGAAUCUGAAUUGCUGUCUCUGUGCAGGCCCAGUAAUAUUCCCACCAACGACCACGAUCAUGACCACGACCACGACCACGACCACUCCCUGUCCACUCCCAGUCGCAGUUGCAGCUCCAACUCGCACUCCUUGACCCACUCCCCGCCGGCGAACCUCUUCCGACCCAUUGCCCUGUGUGGAAUGACCUUGCCCACGCCCCUGCCCAGAAGCGAUGUCACCGUGUCCGUGGACAGCCUCCUGACCCCCGUCACCACCUGCAACGUUUACCACGGCAAGCGCUUCCUGGAGCCCCUCGAGAGUCUGGCCCAGAGCAGCGCCUCCUUCAGCAGCAGCAUCUGCCGCCUCCCGACGCCCCUGACCACGCCCACCCGCGAAUCACCAGAGGAUCCCGACUGGCCGGCCAAGACCUUCAGUCAGCUGCUCCUGGAGCGCUACUCCUCGCAAUCCCAAUCCCUGGGCAACAACUCCUCGACCGAGAGCAGCAGUCUCAGCGGCGGUGCCACGCCCACACCCACGCCCCUGAGCAGCCUGGAUGAACUGGUGACCCCACUGCUGCUGUCCUUCGCCUCCCCCUCCUCGCAGCCCAUGCUCUCCGCCCAUGGAAUCGGGGAGGAGGGGCUGCGGGAACGGGAAAGCGACUCGGAUGCCACCGUUUGCUCGGCAACCUCCUCCAUGGAGUCACUUUAGUCAUAGGUUAUUAACUUAUAAAUAUGCUUCCUUAGUUCUAUUUGAUUAGAAGCUUAAAUAGAAUCCGAAAUAUUGGAUCGUUUUUAGGUAAUUUCAUUUUAGAGACUUUGCCUAAGCCCUAAACUGGAAUUUUAAUUUGGACUUGAGAAAAUAUGGUUUUAAGUAAUGAACCCAGCGGUGUAUUAUUUAUAUUAGCAUUAUUUAUCUAAGCAUUAUUUAAGUUGCAAGCCCAUAUAUAAUUUUAUUGUUAAGCAAAUGUUUAACAACAUUUUAAGGUAUAUCACUUGACACCUCAGUUUCAUUGUACAUAAGUGUGUUUGGGGAGAAGGGAAAGUCAUCCAACGCUGCUGUGCAAACAAUCAAUAAUGCAAUCAAUCGUCGUACGUAAUAUCCGUAAAAUAUUUAUGCCCAUAUCUAUAUCCAAUUGUAAGAUAACUGAUUAGCGGUCAAGUUAAAAAACAAAAAAACUCCAAAACUUACCGGCUUACAUAUAUCCACACUUAAUUAAUGUCAGAGUGAUUAAAGUUUCAAAGUUCCAGUUAA